AUGAAGAGAGUUGUUGUAAAAGUAAAAGAGUUUUAUGAAAUUAUAUCUGAACCCAUUUCCCUAAUUGAUUCUGAAAAUAAAAUCGUGCAACAUAAUGAAUUACCCGAGGUAAAUGAUGAGCUUUCAGUGACUCUAGAUUUGAAAGUUAAAAGUCUUAAUUCUGAUUGGGCCUGCAUUUUUCAUAAAGGCACUCAACAUAACAUCCGUACCCCUUCACUCUGGACGAAUAAAGGCAAAACUACACUCCAUGUCCGUUUCUCAGGUGACUGGGAAUGGAAUGCUGGAAUUGAGGAGACUAGUUCUGAGCUUUCGUUGAAUAAAUGGCACCAUCUAAGUUACACCCUUUCUGAUUCUGAAAAGAGGUUAGACCUCUAUAUAGAUGGUUUAUGGGUCGGUUACUAUGGCAUCCAAAAUGUUCAAACACAAAGGGUUGUGUUCAAUACAGGACCACUGCAUAUUGGAUCAGCAUUUGGUCCAGGGAUUACUGGUGAAAUUAG